AUGGAGGCCCUUCAAAUGGCCCAAAUUCUCGCUGAUCUCUCCACUCUCCAAAGCACUGUUUGUAUACCCUCACCCUUGCUCUCCGUUUGCAUUGCUCUCCCUUCCUCUUCCUCCUGUUCCUCCGCGUCCUCCAUCUCCCUACUAUCGAGCCCCCGUCCUUAUGCCCCUCACUAUCAGGAACCCGCUGCCGCCCAAAACCUCCUCGACGCAAACAAGAACCUCACCCCACACAUCCUCCGCCGCAAGUCCCGCGCCUCAGUUUUGCCCGAGCCCCCGAAAUUCGAUAAGCUAGGCAGGAGAAUCAUUAGAGGCCCUAGUCGCAGUGGUAAUGUGACGCCAAUUGGGGGCAAUGCGGGUGGUAGGCCGGCGCUUUUGAGCAGGAUGAGUUCAGGCUUCUCAGUAGGAAGUAGCGGCACUGCAACUCCCACAACCGGAGCGUCCGAGGAGAAGGACGAGGACAUGGCCCGCGCUCAGAAGUUGUUGGAGCUUUAUGAGAUGCGCGGCAAGUUCCAAGAAAUGGGUGAUACAGGACUUGCACGAGCAAAGGAGAGAGUCGAUAAGGUCGUUGAUCAGUACGCGAAGAAGGACUUGGAGGAGCGCGAAGCGUUCCGUAAUGACCUAUGGAUCGACACCGGGCAUAUUGCUGGAAUGUUUAAUGGGCAACAAUGGGCUAGGACAUUAUCGGGAACUGGGGGCUGGUGUGCUUGGGACAUGGCGCAUAUCACUGGGGCAUUUCUUGGCGUAUAA